AUUCAAAUAACAGUGGAUCCCUUGAGCUUCAGGAGUUUCUUUCAGUAUGCUGAUCAGAUUGAAGUGAUGGCAGUGGCCUGCAGAAAUCUCCACACUGUCUCUUUAAGUGCAGUCCAGGGGGCAGGAUCAGGAUCGUGAGGUUUUGCUUUGCAGCAGCAGAUUGAAUGAAGUGUGUGCAGGCAGCCGGCCACACGGAGGACACCGUGCUGCUGUUCGAGAUGCCACAGAUGUACAGCCACAUCAUUAUGGGGUUUAGCUCUUGAGAGGGCGGAUUGAAGCCUCGCCACAUUCCUCCAGUGGCCCCUUUUUUCUACAAAGGGCUGCAGGGCCUGGAGGAAGCACUCCCCGCCUUGAUGGUAUCUGGACAGCAGCUCCCCGCACGGAUGAUAAAGAACUUGGGAAAGGAAAUGGUCAAGAUGGCAGCUGUGUGCGGAGUGAUGCAGCUGAUGUGGAGGCAUUAGCUGGAGCACAUUUGAUCACGUUUCUUGUGACAUGCACGUCGCAGGAUCGCGGUGCAGGACGCGGGUGGAGGAGCGCGGUUUGGAUUCCUCUGAGGACUCUUUAACGCAACAUUUGUGCAAAAUUGCAACGCAUGUUGUCCAGGGUGUGGGCUGUGCACGAGAAAAGGCAAUGUUUUGUUAAUGCUCUGCGGAUAGAGAGACGCCUUGCAGGAGGACGGGCGGACACGUGCUGGACUGCAGGCUGGACAUUUGCAUACCGUGCAUAGUAAAUAAACUGCACACAACAUUGAUGGAAUGCGACCCGAGUGAUUUUAUAACCCUUUGUGCAGCGACCGAGAUAUUGCAGUUAACAUGGCUGAGGCGCCGCGUGACGACUCCCCCCUAAACGUUGAGAUAGAUCCGGAUUUCGAGCCCCAGAAGCGGCCACGCUCAUGCACUUGGCCCCUGCCCCGUCCGGAGUCUGGUGCGGACAAACUCGGGACAAAUGACACUGACGUAAUCCCUGAAGAGGAGGAUGAUGAGGGAUGCAGGGAGGCUCCGGCAGCCAGUAGCGAGGCUGUAGUUAAAUCCCGAGCACUGAGCAGCUCCAUCUCCCAGCCUGUGGAGGUGCAGCGCGGCCCCUGCAAGGAGGAGGCCGCCGAUGGCUCGCCCUCCUCCGCGCAUACCCCCCCAGCGGCUCCGGGCGGCUCUGCCUCGCAGCAGCUGAGGAAGUCCUCCGCCCGCAGGAACGCCUGGGGAAACUACUCCUAUGCAGACCUCAUUACCCAGGCAAUCGAGAGCUCCCCCGAGAACAGGCUGACCUUGUCCCAGAUCUAUGACUGGAUGGUGAGGUCUGUGCCGUAUUUCAAGGACAAAGGCGACAGCAACAGCUCUGCAGGCUGGAAGAACUCCAUCCGACACAAUCUGUCCCUCCACAGUCGCUUUGUGAAGGUGCAGAAUGAAGGAACGGGGAAAAGCUCCUGGUGGAUCGUCAACCCAGAAGGCGGGAAAGGAGGCAAAGCUCCGCGCCGACGAGCCGUAUCCAUGGACAACAGCAAGUACAUCAAAGGAGCUCGAGGACGAGCCACCAAGAAGAAAGCGUCGCUGCAGGCGGCUCAGGAAGGCAGCGGCGAGAGCUCGUCCAGCCUCUCCAAGUGGACAGGAAGUCCCACCUCCCGCAGCAGCGACGAGCUGGACGCCUGGACCGACUUCCGCUCCCGGACCAAUUCCAAUGCGAGCACGCUCAGCGGCCGUCUGUCCCCGAUCCUGGCCAACCUGGAGCUGGACGAGGUGCCGGACGACGACUCGCCGCUCUCCCCGAUGCUGUACUCCAGCCCCAGCAGCAUGUCCCCGUCCACGGGGCCCACCGGGCUCUCGGACCUGGCCGGUACCAUGAACCUCAACGACGGGCUCUCAGACAACCUGAUGGACGACCUUUUAGACAAUAUCAGCCUGACGGCGUCCCAGCAGCCUCCUGGAGAGGAAGAUGAGAGCGAUCAGUGCUCGGUGUUUACCUUCAGCUGCGCGGGGAGCAGCCCGUCCGCCAGCUUCGGACCCAACCCGCUUUUUAGCCCGCCAUCCAUCACGAGCCUGCGCCAGUCGCCCAUGCAGACGAUCCAGGAGAACAAGCAGACCACCUUCUCCUGCGUCUCGCACUUCAGCGACCACCAGGCGCUGCAGGAUCUGCUCAGCCUGGACGGCCACGACCACAGCAACGUGAUGCUCACGCAGUCCGACCCGCUGAUGUCGCAGGCCAGCACGGCCAUCACGCUGCAGAACUCCCGCCGCAACGCCAUGCUGCUCCAUAAAGACCACGCGGCAGUGGUCGGCGCGGCCGAGGCACAGAGCUCUUCGAUGCCCGGUUGGCAAGCCAGCUCGCCGACCGCCGACAAAGACUCCAGCCACGCCGACGGCAAGCAGCCGAAGUCUCCCAGCAAGCUCGCGUCUCUGUCCGGCCCGGAGCGCUUCCCCGCCGAUCUGGACCUUGACGUGUUCAACGGCAGUCUGGAGUGCGACAUGGACUCAAUCAUCCGCAACGAGCUGAUGGACGCAGACUGCCUGGACCUCAGCUUCGACUCUCGCCUCGCCUCCGCCCAGAACGCCAACAGGAAUUCAGGAAGCCUGAAACAGACUUCCGCUCACAGCUGGGUGCCGAGUUGAGCGGGAUGAAAAUGUGGGGUUCAUGGUCCUGCAGCUCGACGGAACAAAACGUGUUUUCAUGUCGUGUUUUGUCCUAUAAUCUUCGAUGUGAGGCGUCGAGUGUUGAGCGUCACAGGAGGAACUACAGACGGACAUUUUAUUAAAUCUAUAUGAAAGCA